CGUCUUAAGAACUUCAUUCAUUAACUUUCUCUUCUCAACUCAGCUCAAAAGUUGUGUUAUUGCUUUCUGCUUAAUGGAAGGGCCUUAAGCUUUUCUCUCUCUCUCUCUCUCUCUCUCUCUCCUUCAUUGUCUUGGUUUUGCAUCUGACUGUAAAAAGCUUCCUCAAAACAAAAAUCGGUUUUCUUCUGUGUCUGAUAUACCAAAACUUGCUUCCUUAGUUGAGUUUGUUUGUGUGUUUGGAGUGUGAUGUCUCCGGCGGUGGUUGUUACGGAGGAGGAAGGGCGGAGCAAAGUCUCGUCGACUGUAGCAUCUGCAUCUUCACAAUCCUUAGAUUGUUAUGUUGCUGGAUUGAAAGAACGGAAUUACUUAGGACUAUCAGAUUGCUCAUCAGUGGACAGUUGUGCCUCUACUGUUGCCAGCUUGAGCGAUGAGAAAAAGGGGAACUUGAAUUUGAAGGCUACAGAGUUGAGGCUGGGUCUUCCUGGAUCCCAAUCGCCUGAAAGGGAUACGGAACCUGAUCUUUACUCUUUAAGCUCAACAAAGCUUGAUGAGAAGCCACUUUUCCCUUUGCUUCCUACAAAAGAUGGAAUCUGCUCCUCGUCCCAGAAAGCUGUGGUUUCGGGCAACAAAAGGGGUUUUGCUGAUACCAUGGAUGGGUUUUCUCAGGGGAAGUUUACUGGAAAUACAGGGAUAAACGUAAUGGUAUCGCCUAGACCUUCUGGAGCUCAGCUUACCACGAUGAAAGAAAUGCCGAGCAAGGUGUUACAAGAACGGCCUUGUGCAGCUAAUGGUACUGGUCAUAACCAUACAGGUGCUUCUAUCAGUGGCAGUGCACCGGCUUCUAAGGCACAGGUUGUUGGUUGGCCUCCUAUAAGAUCAUUUAGGAAAAACUCCAUGGCUACCACUUCAAAGAACAAUGAUGAAGUGGAUGGAAAACCAGGUCCUGCCGCACUCUUUGUGAAGGUCAGCAUGGAUGGUGCUCCCUAUCUAAGGAAGGUAGAUCUAAGAAGUUACACAACAUAUCAGGAACUAUCUUCUGCCCUUGAGAAAAUGUUUAGCUGUUUUAUCCUCGGUCAGUGUGGUUCCCACGGAACCCCAGGAAGAGAAAUGUUGAGUGAGAGCAAGCUGAGGGACCUUCUGCAUGGUUCAGAAUAUGUACUCACUUAUGAAGAUAAAGACGGGGACUGGAUGCUGGUGGGGGAUGUGCCAUGGGAAAUGUUCAUUGACACUUGCAAAAGGCUAAAAAUCAUGAAGGGCUCUGAUGCCAUUGGCUUAGCUCCUAGGGCCAUGGAGAAGUCCAAAAGCAGGUGUUAGAUGGUUUCUGGGACGGAUGACUUCUUUUUGUCUAAUCAAGUUUUAAUGCUGGAUCCGAGGUGUGUGAAAAGCAAAGGAUGAUGACUGAAUUACGUUUUAUGUUUUUAGGUCCCUUGAGAGUUUGUCUUGAUCUAUGUUUGUUAUAUUUGUUACUACUAUAAUAUCUUGUGAAGCUACCUUGGAAGAUUAGUAUUUGUGGAGUCUGUAAUCAUUACACAAACCUGUUUGGAUGAAUUGAAUGUCUGUUACUACGGCCAACAUACGGUUCUUACGUUAUUUAU